UGCCCGCCAGGCUGUGGCAUUUUUAGUUCAGCUCGAGCAAAGAUGACAGAAAGAGAGCCUUUGGUCGACAAGAAAGGUAAAACCAUUUCAGCCGUUUGGAAACAAUUUGGUUUCAAGAGUCAAUGGAGUCCGAUGUGGAACAAAAAGAAAUAACGUGCAAGAUGGAAAUAUGACCAAUUUGUUUAAUCAUCUGAAAUUCAAUCACAAAGUAGUUUAUGACCAAACUAUAAACAAACAAAAAACAGCGAAAUGUAAAGCGACUUCUUCCACCGCAAAACAGUAAUCGAUUAAGGACACUUUUUAUAAUGCAACGUCCUACCCAUCCUGCUCUCACAGACAUAAAGAAAUAACAGAUGCCAUCACAUUCUUCAUAGCAAAAGACAUGUGUCCAGUUAGCACUGGUAGCAACCAGGGAUUCAAGAAACUGGUAAACACUUUGGACAAGCGUUACGCGAUGCCAUCGUGACACCAUUUCACCAGAGUUGCACUGCCUGCCCUAUAUAAUAAAUGCCGUGAGGAAGUUGCAAAUGAUGUGUCUACAGCCGAAUACUUCGCCACUGCAACAGACAUAUUGUCAAGCCGCACCAUGGAGCCUUACAUCUGUCUUACAAUUCAUUACAUCGACGCCGAUUUCAAUUUGAAGACGAAGUGUCUCCAAACGGCAUUUUUUUCCUGAAGACCACACGGGGCAAAACAUCGCCCAUGGACUGAGGAAAGCGAUGGCUGCAUGGGGCUUAAAGGAGGACAAGCUCGUCUGUAUCACUACGGACAAUGCCUCAAACAUAAAGCAGGCGAAUGACAUCAAUGGAUGGAUGAGGCUCCAGUGCUUCGGGCAUAGACUUCACUUAGCCAUAGAGAAUGCAAUGAAGGAUCCCAGGAUUGACCGUGCGAUGGGGAUCUGCAAGAAACUGGUUAGCAGCUUUUUCUAUAGUUGGAAAAAAAAAGAGGGAGCUCGCAGAGGCACAGAAGAAGCUGAAUCUGCCUGAACACUCACUAAAGACAGAAUGUUCAACCAGAAGGGGAUCUAGGCAGGCCAUGAUCGACAGGGUCCUUGAGCUGCAGAAGGCCAUUGCCCAGGUCUUUUCAAAUGACCGAAAAGUCAGACAUCUCAUCCUCUCGUGGCAGGACAUUGAUGUACUGGUGGCCAUCAAGAAGUCUCUCAGCCCUCUGGUUGAAUUCACAGAUGCACUUUCUGGGGAGAAAUAUGUAAGUGUGUAUUUUUUUAAACCAACCCUCCACCUCUUCAUCAGCUCAAUACUGUCAGUGCAGGAGGAUGACACAGACCUCACCAAAAGCAUCAAAAUGAAGAUAGUAGAUCUCAAUGACAAAUACAAUGACACAGCAACACAAGAGCUGCUUGACAUGGCCUCUGCCCUGGACCCGAGGUUCACGCUACAAUAUAUCAGUGAAGACAAUCGAGGGUCCAUCCAAGACAGACUGACAACUGAGAUGAAGAUGGAGAAGACCCCUCUUGAGACAGCAGUGAUGCCUGCUGAUGACAUGGAUGAUGCUGCUGGACCAAAGAAGAAGAAGAAGGGCCUGGGCAGUUUCUUCAAGGUCACUGUAGGCAAUGCUGCAGGACCUGCUCUGCAACAGGAUCAGGCCAUAGCUCUUGAGCUACAGUCUUACCUCCAGGCAGGGACACUGGACACUGAGCAGGACCCAUUGGACUGGUGGAGGGAAUCCCGGGCGCUCUACCCACGGCUCUCCAACUUGGCAAGAAAGUACCUGUGCAUCCCAACCACAAGUUCACAAGGUCUUCAGCACAGGUGGAAAUAUUGUCAUCUGCCUGCGCUCAUCUCUGAAACCAGACCAUGUAAACAGGCUGGUGUUUCUGGCUAAAAACUUUUAAAAGAUUACUUUGAUCAGCCCUACCAGCAUUAGCCAUUUUGGCCUAAAUCAUCCUUUAAUUUCUUUCUAGUUACUGACUGGAAUAUGUUGAAUAUAGUUUACCAAAAUGUUUAAUAUAUAGGAGUUUUAAGUAGGCUGUGGCAGUGCACUACAACAUAUUUGAUAUAAUUUAUUUUGGGCUAAUUUAUUUUUAUUUAUCAUUUUUAUAUAUUAAAUAAAUGUUUAGUAGUUUUCAGUUGGUUGAGGAAAUGCACUAUAACAUAGUUGAUCUUAUUUAUUUUGAUCUAAUUUAUUUUUAUUUUUACAUUAUUUAAGUAUAUAUAUAUAUAUAUUUUACAUGUUUUACAUAUUGUUUUUCAGUUGAAUUUUAUUCAAGGAAAUCCACUAUUAAAAAUACAAUAAAAAGUAAAAAAAAAAAAAAAAAAGUUCAAUAAAUGCAUGAUGUUUUCAAAGUCGAUGAGUAAUCGUGUUUAAUAAUCGUGAUCUCAGUAUUGACCAAAAUAAUCGUGAUUAUGAUUUUUGCCAUAAUCGAGCAGCCCUACUACCAUGCACAAAUUUGGCCUUGAAGCAGAGCCAAAGAAUGAACAAAGAUUAGACAUACCUAAGAUUGAACAAUGCUCUGAAAAGCAUCUUCAAAAUCGAUUACAACAGGUAGGCUAACGUUAGCAUCAUUAUGUUAACAAAGAGUACCAGUUAGCCAAACCGCUAGUAGCACAUGCUUCGCAGGCGAUUCAGUCCAUCCCCAGAACAGGCGGCCACAUGACUGUGACACACUCAUUGGUGACAUGUCUUAGCAUUAAAAUACACAAAAGCAUGGGUGCUGAUCAUAAUCAGUCACAUGAUGGGUGUGACAAAUCACUUUUACAGAGAGGUGACAGCCUAUCCUGCUACAAUUGUAUAGGGCUUCGUGACCCACAAACUUGUUUCCAUAACAUCAGUUUGACACAGCAUCGAAGUGAACUACAAAAGAGAACUGAACAUGUUCACGUUUCCACAACCACAAUGUAAUGGGAAUGGAAAAAGGUUUUAGGAAUAUAAAUGUGUUAGAUGAGAUGAACAUUUUAGUUUUUGUGGCUUUUAGUCCAUGUCUGUUAGCUUUUAGGUCAUCUAAAUGCUAGGUUUCUCUUAAAAGUUGACAAAAUUGAACUUUUAGUAGAUGCACGCUUUUAUAAUUGUAACCAAGUGGAGAAAUUUCAUGUAAUUUCACUCUUAUCAUAUAUUGGAAGUGGCCCCUUUAAGAACCAGAGUUUUGCAACACCUGCUUUCAGGCACUCUCUCCUGUUGCUCAUGUGUGCUGGUUAGAGACAUGAGAACAUACGUUGUGCAAGAGAGCUCCCAGUUUUGUCAACGGUUGAGAAUUCUUGGGUAAAUAUAACAUUUUACACAGAAUGCUUAUAAAUUGAAUUUAAUAUGUGUUGAGAGUCGUAUGUAAAAUUUAGUGUUUGUUAUGGGUUAUUUUUGAAGGAUGCAUAUGGAUUACAUGUGUGGAGUUAGACCAUGUUCUGUGCACAUGCGAGGACUGGGUAUGUAAAUUUAUAAUAAAUCAUGUUUUAUUUAAUGAUUUAUAGACCAGAGUGUUUUCCAGUUAAGUGAAUUGGCUAUCUCUGAAAAAUUCUUUGGUUAUCUGCUGGGUUCCAAGUUUGUGGUCAUCACAGAUAUCAAACCUCUGUGCCAUCUAAAACCGGCCAAGCUUGGUGCAAUUGAGCAAAGAUGGAUCACUUAAUUAGCCGUUUUCGAUUUUGAGGUGAAAUACCGCCCAGGAUGGCAUAAUGCAGCUGCUGAUGCCAUCUCUAGGCUUGUGUUUUGUUUUGCAUAUAUAUGAUGAUGUUGUUGACUUUUUCGAGCGGUAUUUUGUCUUUAUAUUAUAUUAUGUGGAUGUGAAUAUACUCUGCUUUGUGAUUAACUGAAUGAUUGAUUAAUGAUUGAAGCUCAUUGGCCACUGCCAAUUAAGUAUCUCUAAAAUAAGAUACUGGUGUGUGUUUGUUCUCAUACCCUGACAAAGGCAGCUAGUCUGCUGAUAUGCAUUAGUUUUGUAAUGAUUUGUUGCAUAAUAAAAUAAUUUUGAAUUGGA